AGCUACGCCACCCCCCACCACUCCACUACUUGUUCGUCGAUGGCCACCGCCAUAUAGUCCUCCGCUCGUUCAAGAGACAAAGAUUCAACUCUUGAAUUUAGGGUUCCUCACUGGGAUAGCAUCCAAAUCCCGAUCAGAAACAUGUUGAGACUAAAUCGAUUGAUAAAGCACACUAAUAGCUCAUACAGAGUUUCUCUUCUCUUACCUCAGAAGCAGCAGCAACAAGAGAAGUUCUUUGAUCCUCUUCCUUCUCUGCAUUCCUUCCAAAUGACCUCCACUCGCUUCCUUGACAUUUACCAGCUUGGAAACAAAGCAGCUAUUGAGAAAGAGCGUGCAAGGCUUAAAGAUGAGAUGAAUAGGGGUUACUUUGCUGAUAUGGAAGAGCUCAAGCAACAUGGUGGCAAGAUUGGAAUGGCGAAUAAAAUUAUAAUUCCUGCUAUGGCAGCCGUGAAGUUUCCAAACUUAGAAGUAAACUUUUCUGAUGGUAAAACUUUGAAGUUGCCUUUUGGGUCUAAUGGAAAUAAGGCUGAUGCUGAGUCAUCAACUAGUCCUAAAGCAUCUUUACUAUGUCUUUCAUUUCGAGCAAGCUCUCAGGCCAUGAUCGACUCCUGGACCAUGCCUUUCAUUGAUGCAUUUCAUGAUGCAAAGAAUAUUCAUCUGUAUGAGGUAUCAUUUAUAGACUCAUGGUUAUUAUGUCGGAAUCCAAUCAAGAGGUUCCUACUUAGAAUAAUGAGAAAAUCCAGUGCUGAUGCAAACAAUGAACUGCAAAAGCAGAUUGUUUAUUCUUUUGGUGACCAUUAUUACUUCAGAAAGGAACUUAAAAUACUAAACCUUCUUACUGGGUACAUUUUCCUACUCGACAAAUUCGGUAGAAUAAGAUGGCAAGGCUUUGGAUUGGCCACAAAAGAGGAGUUGUCCUCCCUUCUUUCUUGCACAUCAUUACUUUUGGAGGAGAAAUGAAGUAGUUUGGUGCAUAUUUUCUUUACCUUGACUUCUCAAUUGAUUUUUGAUUCCAUAUUCUAAGAAUCUAUGGUAUACCAAAUUCUAGCAAUGAGAUACCUUACCUUUGGUGUUUUCAUUUUCAUUUUCUCUUCUUGCUUGAAGCAAUAAUGCGGUCCUGUUUUGGUUAUGUGAAAUAGGAGUAUUGAAUCAUUGAUCUCCUGUUCCAAAGAUAGCAUUAAGAUGAUAACAAUCUUGUAUUAAGAUUGAGGUUGUAUUAAGAUGAUAGCAAUCUUGAUGUUUAAGCUCUUUCUGUUUGGUGGAAAA